AUACAGUGAGCGCUCGGUGUUCAUUCUUAUGCACAGCCCCUCUUCCUGUGCUUUGCUGUGGGUUGAUUCAGUUUGAUGGACACACACGGAGAUGCUCUGCUCUCAACUUCUAAACAGAAUCCUGUGUGCUGUCAUGGACAGUGUGGAGAUGGAAUCUGUCCAGAUUAAAGAGGAGUUCCCUGAACUUGAACCUCUCCCCUUUACAGUGGAGUUCUUUGGGUUGGCUUCCCUCCUCAUCAAACAGGAGCUCUGUGAGAUGCAGUGUGACAGCAGCCAGCCAGAGGUCUCUGAGAUUAAAGCUGAGCACAAUGAAUUGGAGAUCCCGCAGACAGAAGAACACCUUCCUGUGAAACAAGAAGAGGUGCUGGAAAUUAACCAUAUUAAACAGGAGUCCCCUGAAGUAGAGUUUGAGCACAUGGAACCAGGGAAGGAAGAAUCCGAGGACUUCAAACCAAACAUCCCUGAGCUGGAGCCUGUACGCCUGCGGGAGUGUAGCGUGGUGCUGGAGAGAGUCUGUGUGAGAGAGCAAGGUGCUGGAGAGGAAGGCUGUCUCAACAGCAUGCAAGGAGGUGGAAAGGAAGACGGGCAGUCACAUUCAGAAUGCAGUCUAGCAGGUUCCAGUCCAGCAGCUAAAGUGAGGGCAGGCGGUGGAGAAUAUCCUGACUGUGGGAAAGGUAUCACGCUGUUAGGGCAUUUAAAUAAAACCCAGCGGACUUACACAGGAAAGAAACCGUAUCACUGCUAUGACUUUGGGAAGAGUUUCACUGUGAAACAAAGCCUUCAAUACCACCAGUGGACUCACACAGGAGAGAAGCCAUAUUGCUGCUCUGACUGUGGGAAGAGUUUCAGACGGGCAGACAGGCUUGUUUCACACCAGCGAACUCACACAGGAGAAAAACCGUAUCACUGCUUUGACUGUGGGAAGAGUUUCAGUGUGAAACGAGGCCUUCAAAAACACCAGUGGACUCACACAGGAGAGAAACCGUAUCGCUGCUCUGACUGUGGGAAGAGUUUCACUGUGAAACAAAGCCUUCAAUACCACCAGCGAACUCACACAGGAGAGAAACCGUAUCACUGCUAUGACUGUGGGAAGAGUUUCACUGUGAAACAAAGCCUUCAAAACCACCAGCGAACUCACACAGGAGAGAAACCGUAUCACUGCUCUGACUGUGGGAAGAGUUUCACUGUGAAACAAAGCCUUCAAUACCACCAGCGAACUCACACAGGAGAGAAACCGUAUUCCUGCUCUGACUGUGGGAAGAGUUUCAGUCGGGCAGACAGCUUUGUUUCACACCAGCGAACUCACACAGGAGAGAAACCGUAUCGCUGCUCUGACUGUGGGAAGAGUUUCAGUCGGGCAGACAGCUUUGUUUCACACCAGCGAACUCACACAGGAGAGAAACCGUAUCACUGCUGUGACUGUGGGAAGAGUUUCAGUGUGAAACAAGUCCUUCAAAAACACCAGCGAAUUCACAGAAGAGAGGAACUUUAAAAACCAUGUUCAAUGGGACUUUUCACUCAUGAGGGGAAAAUAAUAUUAACCUUGCAUUACGAGUCCCUGUGUAAUAACUGUUUUGUAUAUCACUCUUGAGCAUGCAUUUAAAACUCUCUUGCACUCUGUGUCAGAUAGUGGGUGAUGAUGCGGACACGUCACAAGAGGCUUCUCUGCUGUCAGUUUAACUCAGGCUGUCAAUGCAGUCAGUGCCUGGGAGCGGGAAUAUGCAGAAAGGAAACUAUUCCACACCUCAUCUGAUGGACGAGUCGGGAGAAAUCAAUAACUCAGUGUGGAAAUGAGUUUCAGGAUUUAACAUUUUGAACUUACUCUAUUUAUUUUCAAGUUAAUUAUCAUGCUUUUUAUUUUUUUUAAUGAUCUAAUGUACAAUAAAUGAUAAAUUGUU